CAUGGGCCGGCGGUGCGCCCUGGCCCUCGCCGUACUCUCGGCCCUGCUGUGCCAGGUCUGGAGCUCCGGGGUGUUCGAGCUGAAGCUGCAGGAGUUCGUCAACAAGAAGGGGCUGCUGGGGAACCGCAACUGCUGCCGCGGGGGCGCGGGGCCGCCGCCGUGCGCCUGCAGGACUUUCUUCCGCGUGUGCCUCAAGCACUACCAGGCCAGCGUGUCCCCUGAGCCUCCCUGCACCUACGGCAGCACCGUCACGCCGGUGCUGGGCGUCGACUCCUUCAGCCUCCCGGACGGCGCGGGCGCGGACACCGCCUUCAGCAACCCCAUCCGCUUCCCCUUUGGCUUCACCUGGCCGGGAACCUUCUCUCUGAUCAUUGAAGCUCUCCAUUCUGAUUCUCCUGAUGACCUCGCAACAGAGAACCCGGAAAGGCUCAUCAGCCGCCUGGCCACGCAGAGGCACCUGACUGUGGGUGAGGAGUGGUCCCAGGACCUGCACAGCAGCGGUCGCACAGACCUCAAGUACUCCUACCGAUUCGUGUGCGACGAGCACUACUACGGGGAAGGCUGCUCUGUCUUCUGCCGCCCCCGCGAUGACGCCUUCGGCCACUUCACCUGCGGGGAGCGAGGGGAAAAAGUCUGCAACCCUGGCUGGAAAGGCCAGUACUGCACUGAGCCCAUCUGCUUGCCGGGGUGCGAUGAGCAGCAUGGGUUUUGCGACAAGCCAGGGGAAUGCAAGUGCAGAGUGGGCUGGCAGGGCCGGUACUGUGACCAGUGCAUUCGGUACCCCGGCUGUCUCCACGGCACCUGCCAGCAGCCCUGGCAAUGCAACUGCCAGGAAGGCUGGGGGGGCCUUUUCUGCAACCAGGACCUGAACUACUGCACACACCACAAGCCCUGCAAGAACGGGGCCACCUGCACCAACACGGGCCAGGGAAGCUACACUUGCUCUUGUCGGCCUGGGCACACGGGGGCCAACUGCGAGACGGAGGUGGACGAGUGCAGUGCCAGCCCCUGCAGGAAUGGAGGGAGCUGCACGGACCUCGAGAACAGCUACUCCUGCACCUGCCCGCCUGGCUUCUACGGCAGGAUCUGCGAGCUGAGUGCCAUGGUGUGUGCCGACGGCCCCUGCUUCAACGGGGGACGGUGCUCGGACAACCCCAAGGGAGGGUACACCUGCCGCUGCCCUGGGGGCUUCUCUGGCUUUAACUGUGAGAAGAAAAUGGAUUCCUGCAGUUCCUCACCCUGUUCCAAUGGUGCACGGUGCGUAGACCUUGGCGAUGCUUACGUCUGCCGCUGCCAGGCCGGCUUCUCUGGGAGGCACUGUGACGACAGCGUGGACGACUGUGCCUCUUCCCCGUGUGCCAACGGCGGCACGUGCCGGGACGGCGUGAAUGAGUAUUCCUGCACCUGCCCCCCCGGGUACACGGGCACAAACUGCAGUGCCCCCGUCAGCAGGUGUGAGCACGCACCCUGCCACAACGGGGCCACCUGCCACGAGCGGGCCCUCCGCUACCUGUGCGAGUGCGCCCGAGGCUACGGGGGCCCCAACUGCCAGUUCCUGCUCCCCGAGCUGCCCCCGGGCCCUGUGGUGGUGGACCUCACCGAGAAGUACGUGGAGGGCCAGGCUGGCGCGUUCCCCUGGGUGGCCGUCGGUGCGGGCGCGGUCCUCGUCCUCACGCUGCUGCUGGGCUGCGCUGCCGCCGUGGUCUGCGUCCGGCUGAGGCUGCAGGAGCGCCGGCGCCCCGCCGACCCCUGCCCGGGGGAGGCGGAGACCAUGAAUAACCUGGCCAGCCGCCAGCGAGAGAAGGACGUCCCUGUCAGCGUCAUCGGCGCCGCGCAGAUCAAGAACACCAACGAGAAGGCGGACCCGCACUCGGAGCCCGGCGCCGAGAAGAACAGCCUCAAGGCUUGCGACCCCGCCGUGGGCUAUAACCUGCUGCAGGACCUCAAGGGAGCCGCCGCCAGCGGGGAGCCCCACAGCAAGCGCGAAGCCAGGCGCCAGCCCCGGGGCUCUGCGGGGGAGGACAGUGCCCCGACCCUCCGGGGGGGAGAAGCAGCUGAAAGGAAAAGGCCGGAGCCUGUGUCCUCCACUUCGAAAGACACAAAGUACCAGUCGGUGUACGUCAUAUCCGAGGCGAAGGACGAGUGCGUCAUCGCAACUGAGGUGUGAAGUGGAGGUGACGUGGCGAAUUCCCGUUUCUCUUAGAAUAAGUGAACUUCCAAGGAUAUCUGCCCCGACGAUGCUGCUGAGAGGAGCGGAGGUGCUCGUGACUGCUGCUGGGAAGCCAGGUCCUCUUCCUGCCGAGGGGGCAGCCGGCAGGCGUUCCAGGCGCCUGUCGCACUGCCUUUGAGGACGUUUCCAUUGCACUAUGGACAGUUGCUUUUAAAAAAUAUAUAUUUAAAUGAAUGGACUUGAUCACUACGUAAGAAGCACGCACUGCUUGAAGUGUAUAUUUUGGAGUCUUAUGAGCCAGUCUUUUCUUGAAUUAGAAUCACAAACACUGCCUUUAUUGUCCUUUUUGAUACUAAAAUGUGUUUUUUCUAGGUGGAAAAAAAUGUGCGUUAUUUUUUGGAUUUGUAAAAAUAUUUUUCAUGGUAUCUGUAAAGCUUGAGUAUUUUGUGAUGUUCAUUUUUAUAAUUUAAAUUUUUGGUAAAUAUGUACAAAGGCACUUCGGGUCUAUGUGACUAUAUUUUUUUGUAUAUAAAUGUAUUUAUGGAAUAUUGUGCAAAUGUUAUUUGAGGGUUUUUUUUUUUUACUGUUUUGUUAAUGAAGAAAUUCCUUUUUAAAAUAUUUUUCCAAAAUAAAUAUUAUGAACGACA